AUCUGUCUGAGAGGGUGCAGACGGAAUGCAGGAGAGAAGGAGGGAAAGGAAAGAUGGGGCAGGCACUGUUUUAGCUGUGAGGCUGGCUCUAAGGAGGUUUACCCAACUUGGUGCCUUCCAGAUGUGUUAGAGGUAAACACAUCUGGAGGGCACGAGGUUGCGGAAGGUGUUCCUGACAGCCCAGGAUGGGAGAAUAGUUCUAGGCAGUUUCUGCGCCAUUGGGCGGUGAGGCUAUUAAAACGAAACAAAGUUACUGAAUUGAAGUAAGUGCCCCACUUUUGAAAGGCUGUGGGGGUGCCAGGGGUGCCUUCUGGGUGGCUGCUCAACAAAAUGAGCAGGAGGACCCCCAAAUGCAGUAGGGGGUUCCUGCUCUGUUACUUCAAAGUACGUGGAGAAUAUGAAGAGUCCAUAGCUCCUCUAGGUUCAGAGUUCUGCAGUUACCCCACUGCAACUGGGUGAGUGGGAUGGGGCGGUAGCAGCUUUGCCUUAUUGGAGGCAAAAGUGAGGAGUUUUUGUAAUGCAAAUAGGUAUAGAGGGGAAGGGUUUAAAAAGCAAAAACAGGCAUGGGGUGCUAAAGUCAGUGUUGUGACAGAAGAGUCUCUGAAGUGGUUGAAGAUCUUGGGUGCACAGUGGCCUGCCAUAUGCUCCAGGGGAGCUCACAAGCAGCACAUGAUGGGAACAGGUGUCUUAAAACCUGCCCUUGCAGUCAGUCAUUCCAGGGCACGGAAAAUUCACCCUCGAUUGAUUGAAAUACUUACUUGGCUCCACCUUACGCUUUGACUUCUGAGGUUGCACCAGUGAAAUGACAGCCAAGUUUAAUAUCGAUGCCCCUCAAUGGGACCAGAACACUUUUAUGGGGCGUGUGAAGCACUUUUUCAAUAUCACAGACCCUAGGACGCUGCUGGUGUCGGAGCAUGAGCUGGAUUCAGCAAAAGCCUUGGUGGAGAGCUGCAGGGCAGGCAUGGUGCCCCCAGGAACCAACGAGGAGCAGCUUUUCUAUGCCAAGAAGCUUUAUGACUCGGCUUUCCACCCUGACUCGGGGGAGAAGAUGAAUCUGAUAGGGAGGAUGUCGUUCCAAGUCCCCGGAGGAAUGGCCAUCACAGGGUUCAUGCUCCAGUUUUACAGGACAGUCCCAGCUGUGGUUUUCUGGCAGUGGGUGAACCAGUCUUUCAAUGCCAUUGUGAACUACACCAACCGGAAUGCUGCCAGCCCCAUUUCACUCAAGCAAAUUGGAGUUGCUUAUUUCACUGCUACCAGCACGGCCUUGGCAACUGCCGUGGGACUCAACCUUUACACCAAGAGAGCUCCGUCCCUUGUGGCCCGCUGGGUUCCCUUUGCAGCGGUAGCGGCCGCCAACUGUGUGAACAUCCCCUUGAUGAGGCAGCAGGAACUCAUUAACGGGAUUACAGUGAUGGACGAGAAUGACAACGCUCUGGGCGAGUCCAGGAGAGCGGCGAUCAAGGGGAUAACCCAAGUGGUGAUUUCCCGCAUCACCAUGGCUGCUCCUGGCAUGAUUUUGUUGCCUAUCAUCAUGGAGAGACUUGAAAAAUACCCCUUCAUGAAGAAAAUCCAGGUUCUCCAUGCUCCAUUGCAAACAGUACUCGUCGGAGGGUUCCUUCUGUUCAUGGUCCCAGUUGCCUGUGCACUUUUCCCACAAAGGAGCUCAAUCGCCCUUUCACAACUGGAGCCUGAUCUCAGAGAGUUGAUUGUGGCCAAACACGGGGACAGAGUGCCUUACGUCUAUUUUAACAAGGGAUUAUGAGGGAAAACUACCUCAAGUUGGUGCAUCAUCCCACCGUGGAAUCCUUUCCCUGGAGAAGCCACUGCUAGGGUGUGUUCAGGAAAUGAGCUCAAGAUACUCCAGGAAGAGCAACGCUCUACCUCCAUUCCUCUGUUCUCAACGUUUUGGCAUGGGGGGCUUGGGUCGGUGGGCAAAUUUGGACUCUGUAGGGGAUUUAGCUUUGCAUGUUCUUCUUAUGGUCCUGCUCCUAUUUUGGGAAAUGGACUUGGGCUUUGGUAUGAGGAAUUAAUCAACUUCUGCUUGGUGGUGCAGGUGGGAGAAUCGUCUGUUUGUUUCCAGGAGUUGACAGAAAUUGAAUUGCCCCUUACUCUAAGGCAGUUAUUCCAAGCCCUAAGUCCUUCUUGAUCCUGUGGGGCUGGGUUCCACUCUACUCUGAAGGCCAUGCUCCAUUGUCUCUCCCUGAUCUAAGAAAGAACUUUGCCAGCUGCCUUCCAUUUCCCCCUAAAGAGCCAUUCUGUGCAUACAGGAACAAGAUCUUAAGUUCAUGUAUUGCAGGGUGCCCUUGCCAAAUUGCAAAGGAAAAGAAAACAACUCUAUUUGUACCUGCCAACUUCUAAAAAUCCAGAAGAGGAAGAUGUUGGCUACAGUCCUAUACAUAUUUACCUGGGAUCAAGACCUAUUGAACUUACCUCUGAACAGACAUGCACAGGCGUGCACUGUUGUGCUCUGACCAUGACCCUGUCAACCCUACAUCACCCCUCAUGAGAGUAGUCUAUACUUGCAUUCAAUCAGAUCACAUUCCAAAAAGUGUGCUACAGCCCAAGACUGAUACAUUUAUGAUGCUUCUUAUUGCCAGGUAUUAGGGUGGAAAGGUAGGUUGAAAUGUUCUUCUCUUCUGUUUGUAAAUUCUAAUCUAGGUACCCUGCUAGAUGACUAACAAGGGUGCUAAUGAAGACUUUGUUCAGAACUUUGUUAUACCUAAUUAGGUUGAUAGGUCAGCCCUAUAGUCUUGCAAGCAAAUCAUCCUGUAUUUAAGAUUUAGGCUAUCAGUUCAGCUUGGAGAAGUUUUCCUGAGAAAUGUACAAACAAGCUGUACAGAUUGCAAAAAGGGCUGCACUGCUUGCUUCCCUACCCCCCAAGCAAGCUCAGCUGAACACUUCAGCUAUUUUCAUUCCUGAAUAACAAAGCUUAAGAACAGAAGAGCAGCUCUGUUGGAUCAGACCAGAAGUCCGCCUAGUCUAGUAUUGUGUUUGCCACAGUGCCCACCCAGAUCCCUCUGGGAAGCCCAGAGCAUGACACGAAGGCAGUAGCCCUCUCGUAUUCUUGCUGCUACCAGCUGAUAGUGGGAGGUACAGGGCCUUUGAAUCUGGAGGCCAUAAAUGGCUCAUAGGCAUUGACAAACAUAUCUUCAAUAAACUUGGUCCCUUUAAAAAACAUCUAAGCUGGUAGCUUUCACCACCACACCUAACUGCAAUGUGUGUAGAGAAAUACGUCUUUUUGUCUGUCCUGAAUCUCCUGCCAAUUGAUUUUAGGACCAGUCCUACCAUUAGGCAGAGUACAGCAACCACCUCAGGUAGCAGAUUUUUAGGGCUCAGAAUAGUGGAAAGGUGUUGAAGGGCCAGAGCAGUGUGUGCACCAGGCAGCUUGUCCUGCACCCCCUAAGCUAGCCUGCUGCUUUCAGAUGCAGCAGAGGUGGCUAUCCUGUCUCCAGUGUUGAAGUAAGAUUCAGGUGCCAGUCCAGUCGGCUUCUGUAUAUGGAGUUGGGGCGAGGUAUGUGUGAAUUUGUCCUUUGACUCGGGCAGCAAAAUGGCUUUUCAGUUUCACCGAAUAACCCCCUGAGUUCCAGUAUUUUUAUAGCAGAGGGCAAAAAAAUCUCUCCACACCAUAUAUAAUAUUAUAAUCCUCUAUAAUAUGUCCCCUUAUUUACUCUUUUCUCUAAAUUAGAACAAACACCAAAUGUUUGUAGGCUUUCCUCAUAGCAAAGAUGUGCCAACCCCCUGAUCAUUUUGGUUACCUUUCGCUGCAUGUUUCCAGCCCUACAAUAUACUUUGCCGGAAGUGGUGAACAGAACUUUUUACACAGCAUGCCAAGUGUGGCUGCACUGCAAAUGUACAUAGUGGCAUUACAAUACUGGCAGCUUAAUUUUCUGUUGGCUAAUACUCCUAGCAUAGAAUUUGCCUUUUCCGCAGCUGUGUCACACUGGCGUUAUAUCUUCUUUGACCCAUCUACCAUAAUCCCAAGGUCUCGUUCCUGGUUAAUCACCAUUGGUUCAGAAGCUAUUGGGGUACGGUGACAUGAUUUUUCCUGUCAGUAUGCAUCACUUUACCGUUACUUACAUUGAACUACAUUUGCCAUUUUUCCUGUUUACCUAAUUGGGCAAGAUACUUUGGGAGAUCUUCACCCCUCUUCUUUUGGUUUCACCAUCCUGAAUAAUUUGGUGCCUUCAGCAACCCUGGCCACUUCCGUACUCAUCCCUAACUUCAGGUCAAUUGGGAAUAUGUUGAAAAGCAUUGGUCCCAGUACAGACCCUUGGGAAGUUCUACUUCUUACUACCCUCCAUUAUGACAACUAUCAAUUUAUUCCUACUUUAUGCUUUCUAUCAUUUAACCAGUUACUGAUCUAUAAUGUGACCAUCCUCUUAUCUCAUGACUUGCGAUGAGCUUUUGGUGAGGGACUUUGUCAAAAGCUUUUUAGAAGUACAAAUAUGCAAAGUUUAGGAAACCACAUUGGGAUAAGUGAUGAGAUGAUAAGUGAAAUCUGGAGAUUGGUUUUUCAAAAUGGGUGGGUUAACCCAGUCUGACUUCUGCUCAGAGCAUUUGCAAAGAAAAUGCCUUGAUGACUGAUCCAGGACAGACCAAAGAAAGUACUUGUUCACAUAACUCAUAAAUUAUAUUAUGGAAUUCACUUUCCCAGGAUUACUUUAUUGAUUAAUUUAAAAUGUUUAUGAGCUGCCUUUUAGGGGAAAUGCCCUUCCAAGGAUGCUUCUGUAAGAGAGUUAAAACACAGCAGCCUUUCUGAACCUGGUACUCUCCAGUUGUAUUAGACUGCAGUCAUACAUUAAAAUAAAAUAAAAAAUCACUACAGAAACCAUCAUAAAAACAGUUUACAGUCAUAGAAAUGAACCAAAGCCAUAAAAGUAACAAUACUGGAAAAGUCAGAAGGCUAAGAAAAAGCAUUUUAAACCAGUAAUAUUGGUAGGAUCACAGAAUAUAACUAGAAAAACAACCUAAAUAAGCCUUCAGUGCCCCUGAAGAUCUCUAAGGAAAGGGGCAUAUGUAGGAGAGGAUUGUAUAAUCAUGGGACUACCAUCAAAAAGGCCCUGUCUUACAUGCUUACCAUCCUAAUUGAUCUCACUGGUGAGCCUCCUCAAAAGGUCUCCAAGACUGAACUCAAAAGUUCAGGCAAGCUGGUACAGCUGAAGGCAGUUAUUUGAAUAACCUGAUCCAAAACUGUUUUGGAUUUUAUAGGUCAAUAACAGCACCUUAAAUUGGUCCCAGAAACUCAUACAAAUUGGUGAUACACAUGCCGAUUGUCUCACCUCCACCAAAACCUAGACAGUCACAUUUUGUGCCCUUUGAACUUUCUGGACCAUCUUCAAAGGCAACCUGAUGUAGAGUGCAUUACAGUAGUACAGUCUGGAUGUUGCUAAUUUAUAAAUAGCUGAAGCCUUAAAAGUUAUCUUUGAUAACUUCCUGGAUGAAUAAGUUAAAUGACCACAAAAAAAGGCUAAGAAUUCAUGGAAGUCAAAUGCAUGUCGUCUUUUUAGCACUAGUUUAAGACUUUCCUCUACUCCCAGACAUUUGACAGCAUAUAAUGGGGUGUUUUAGGGUGCUUUUUUAAAAAUCAGAGCUUGUUUUUAACUUGCUUUCAAACUGUUUAAAAUCUUUAAUGUUAAAGGUUGUAUAUAACAGGAAGCCAAAUUCCGGCUGGAUAUCAGGAAAAACUUCCUGACUGUUAGAGCAGUAGGACAAUGGAACCAGUUUCCCAGGGAGGUUGUGGGCUCUCCCACACUAGAGGCAUUCAAGAGGCAGCUGGACAACCAUCUGUCAGGGAUGCUUUAGGGUGGAUUCCUGCAUUGAGCAGGGGGUUGGACUCGAUGGCCUUAUAAGCCUCUUCCAACUCUACUAUUCUAUGAUUCCAUGGAUGUUUUAUCAUACUGUAAACUGCCCAGAGAGCUUUGGUUGUUGGGUGGUAUAGAAAUGUAGGGAAUGAAAGGCCCCAUUUCUAGGCUUUCCAGUAGCAUCUUCUUGGCUAAUGUGGGAAAUAGAUGCUGAACUGGAUGGGCCUCUGGUCUGAUCCAGUAUGGCUCUCAUUAAAUUCUUAGUUAUAUAGCACUCCUAACAAAGAUAGAUCCUUGGUUAGCUGUACCUACCACUCACUAUAGCUACUUCCUCCACGCUCCCAUCCAUACAGCUCCCUCUCAAACUUUGUGUAUCUGGGUACUAUGCAGUGUUGGAAUUUCCGACUUGGUGCUAUGUUUACCUUCCCAAGACAAUCUCUGUUGAGCUUAUUUUUUGCCCCAAGGCUGUCUUAGUUCACAACGGGUACACAAACAAACAAACAAAACAAUUAUGUGUAAAAUAAGGAAGUCACUUCAGGUUUCACAGUGGAUAACUCAGAAUUGGACUAUGAACCUGUGGCUCUGUGAUGUUGAUUUACACAUUUGCUUUCAGAAGGAGCAGUUUCCUCUGCUGGUUAUUCGGCAAUCACACAAGGUCUUGGGGUCUUCCUCUGCCUCUACAGCACAGGAAAUGUUCCUUUAAUCCAUGCCUGUAAUCCAUGUCCUACCACAAACAGGGGAUUACCUAUUGGAAGUCAAAUCAGUCAAGGGAAUAGAAAUGGGUAAUCGAUUCCAUGGGUCUGUCUUCAUGGUGCCGAGUUAGUGCUACUCUGCCACCAAACCCUGUGGUUUCGCUGUUGCAGGGUGGUAGCGAGUUAUCCAGACGGAAGCAGUCAGCACGGCGUUUCUGGUAGCCAUUAGGCUCGCCAGGCCCACCUCUUCCCAUGGCUUUCGGUGACCAAUGGAAGGGCACCUUCCAUCUGGGAAUGCCUCCCGGAGCAGUGCCUGAGCAAGGAGAUGGGGAAGAGUCACGUUGACCUCGCUCUGACAGGAAAAGUUGUGGUAAUUCCCCAGCGUCUCUGCUCUGCAUCUUUGGCUCUUUGCCCCAGGGUGGGUCUGAAUUGGCCGCUGCAUCAUAUAACCAUGUAGCGCAGACUCAGAGCCACCCCAGGGCAAUGUAAAGACAGCCUCCGCUACUUUCCAAGAUCCAAGUGACUUUAAGCAAGCCACUGUUCUCUCCAUCUUGGCCUCCCAUCUGCAACAGGGGGAUGAUAAUGCUGUCCUACCUUACAAAAUUAUUGUAAUGAUUGUUAAGAAUAAUGUAUGUGAAAUGCUUUGAACACUUGAAAUGCUAAAUAGUGCCAUUAUGCAAUCAAAUUCUUACAUGCACAGUGAUUUCAAGGGAAGGGAGGUGUGAGAGACUGCACAGGGCUUGAUUCAGUCAGCCUCCCUCCAUAGCUGCUACUGCAAAGGCGCUCAUUUGAUACAGAUGGACUGGAAUACAGCAGUCUGUCCUCUGCCUGUCGUUUAGGCAACUUUUUUUAAGUUUCUAAUUUGCCUUGCAUUGAUAUGGUUGUGACUGAAUAUAGCUGAAUAUUGGUUGUUUUAAUCUCUGUUUGUAUUUAUGUUUUAAAAAUUGCCAGAUCAUUUUAUAGGUAAGAUGCAGACAUUUGACUGUUGCUCUUUAUGUUGGUGCUAGCCAAAGUCUGCUGUAUUGAAUAGCAAAUAUUGGAAGAUAUUUUGCUCUAGGCUAUUCACAGAUUUAGCCAGGAUGAACCAGUGUCCAGUACUGUUGAUCAGCAAAUAAAAGCUAAUGCUAUUAAGCCUUCAAUUAAAAGCCUCUUUUACAUAGGGGAGGGGCGAGGAAGAGAAAAUAAAACACUGUGAUUUUAAAAACU